AUGAGCGGCAAGUCAGUCUCGAAUCUACCCUGCGACGACCCUCAAUGCUUCUGCCAUUUCCGCUCGCCUAAGCCAUAUCCCAGAAUCGAAGCAGUUCUGACAGGCUCUGCACCCGACCAAGUUCGCGAGCUGCACCAUCCAAACGCCAAGCUCGAUAUAGCAUUCGACGUGGUAGGCUGCGUCAUGACAUUGAACGAAUGCAUCCACGAUCCUUCUCGACCAAAGAUCGGCUACUCAGUCAGUCUGAUGAUCAAGGCGGCAAACACCCACUUCGUGAACCUCGAAGGCCUUGAAGACCACUCCCUCCUUCUAACCAUUCGAAUCCGCCAUUCAGCAUGCGCCGUGAGAGGCAACAAGAUGAUACUGAAGGAAAAGUUCAACGGAUACUACCCUGACCCUCCAUAUAGUCGACUCUACAAUGAUCUGUUCGAGUGCCGUUGGCCUGAAAAGACGCUCCAGGUUCGUCUGCCUGAGGAGAGAUGUCGCCGCUGGAAGACAGUCGCUUUGAUAUUGAGGACCUUUGGGCAGAUCAAUGGAGAUAGCUAUUGUCAUAUGGCGAAUACGAUGUUUACUCCUCGCGUGGGUGGGCUUAAUGUGCGUCAGAUCAAGAAGGAUAUCAAGAUGGAGCUAGCGAAGAGUGAUCAUAAGCGAAGGGAGAAUCCUGUGUCUCCUGAGUACAUGGUUACGGUUAACGAACCGGAGAAGAUUGAGAGGCUUAAUCAUGCUUAUGAGGUUCAUCUUCUUGCGUUUAUUCACAGCUCAUCUCGAUUUCUUCGGUCACAGUACCUGUAG